AUGGCAAUUGUUUCUGAAUUAAACGGAAACCAAAACCCGGGUUUGGAUGAUGGCAGUGUAACUGAUGCAAAGAGCAAAAGACACCCAAGAUGGACUAGGCAAGAAACUCUUACACUCAUUCAGGCUAAGGAAAUCACUGAAAACUCCCCUCACAAAGGCAGAAAGAUCAGUUCUGCAUUACUAGUUAAUGCAGGUGCAGGUGCAGGAGCAGGAGCAGGAUCAUCAUCAUCGUCGCCGUCGUUGUUGUUUGAUAACACGGAGCCGAAGUGGGUAAUGAUAUCAUGUUACUGUAAGCAGCAAGGUGUGAAGAGGGGUCCUGCACAAUGCAAGAAGAGAAAAGAGAAGAAGCUGCCUGUUACGUUCGAUGUCGAAGUGUUUAAGGUUUUGGAAGGAAGGGAGACUGGUGCUGCUGGUGCUGUUUCGCCGUUGCCUUUACAGGCGGUUCCUGCUGCUGCUGCUGUAUCUGAUGAUGCUGAGUUUGGUUCCGAGGAGGGUGGCGACGAUGACGAGGUUGAUGAGGAGGAUGAGAAAAUGCAGGAUGGUGCAGAGGUUUUGUCUGAAAUCAAGAAUAAAGUGCAGGAGACUCUGGCAAUAACAGGGAAGUUGGAUGAUGUUAAGUCUGCUGACAAUGUGACUGAGGAACCUAUACUUCAAAAAGAAUCAAGGCCAAACUUCUCUAACGAGGAUUCACAAGGAAAGGGCAAAAGACAGCGAUUAUCUACAGAUGAAUGUAAAGCAAACUGCUCGGAAGAACAACUCUUAAAGGUGUUGGAGGAAAACAACAGAUUGUUGAAUGCACAACUCGAAAGUCAUAACAAAAACUGUCAACUAGAGAGAGAACAGAGGAAACAGAACUACAAUGAAUUGAUGUCUACACUUAGCAAGCUUACUGAUGUCCUGUCUAAGAUUGCUGAGAAGCUGUGA